AUGGCUACCCUUGCUUCUCAGUUGGCUGCUACUGCCGUGGGUGUCAGCCAGAACGCCCCUGCUCCUGUCUAUGCCUCCAUCAAGAAGUCUAUUACCGAAAUCAAGGCCACUUUUGACAAGAGUUCUGCUAUUCAAACCGGAGCUACUAUUCCCAGCUUCAAACUCCCCAACGCUCUCGGCCAGGACGUCACCAGCGAGAGCCUCCUCGCCAAAGGCCCCGUCCUAAUCACUUUCUACCGUGGUGACUGGUGCCCCUUCUGCAACUUGGCUCUGCGCUCUCUGCAGCUGCAUUUGGAUGAAUUCAAGGCCAAGGGUGUCACCAUUGUUGCCAUCUCUCCUGAGCUUCCCAACACCUCUCUGUCUACUACUGAGAAGAACGAGCUCAAGUUUGAAGUUUUGUCUGAUGUUGGCAACAAAUUCGCCCGUCAGCUCGGCAUUGUCUGGGACCAGCCCAAGUACCUCCAGGGUGUCUUAGAUGCCUUUUCGGUUGACCUGAAGGCUCGCAAUGGAGACGACUCCAUGGCUGUGCCUAUUCCCACCACUCUUCUGGUCGACUCCAAGGGAGUUGUCAGGAACAUCCAUACCGAUCCUGACUACAUGCAGCGACUCGAGCCCACUACCGCACUUGAGUGGGUCGAUGCUCUAUAA